ACUAUUUUACUUUCAGCACCCAGGUUGUCUCCCAACCCGCAUAUAGUAAAUGCAGAUUUCUGAUAUGAGUCCCAAGCAGGUUGCCAGGUAUAUGUUGUGCAGUGUAAAUACAGCCUAAAACAAACAUGUAAGGUGUCUAAAUGUGCCUUUUCACAUUGAUAAAACAUAUUCCCGGGGUCUGAGGGAAGGACCGUGUUUGUGAAUGUUCAAUUACAUAAAGAUCUGUUGAUGCCAGAGGGCCUAGCACAUGUUUUUUUUAACUGUAACUGUUCACCUUUCCUUUUAAAUUUGGCACCUUUUUUGUUUAUUCAACAAAAUGUCAGACAUCCUCUCUGCUGAAUUGUCUAUGUAACAUUUAUUAUUAUUUAUUAGGGCCGGAGCCACGAAUGGCAGGGGCCAAAACAGCUCCUGGCACGAAUUUGUGGGAGGGGACCUAUUGUUAUCCUUCAGAUUAUUGUUCUAUCUGUCGUUUUUAAGCGGGUUAAUGUGCAUUAAAAACUCGACAAAAUGCGAUGUGCAGGCACCGUAAAUGAGUGAGACGCAUCAGAGGCAAAAAGGUGUCAAAAGGUUUUGCAGAUUCAAAAGUGAGCUCAGGGAACUCAGCUGCACUCCCCGAGUUGCGUGGGGAUGCGAGGGCCCCAUCAUGACAGCGUGCAGUCAUAGUAAGUAUUAAUAUUGUAAGUUUUUAUCUGUAUUUGGACCAAAAAAAAUGGAUUUUAAGUUUAAUUUUUGUAUUGUACUACUGACGUAUGGAUAUUUCUUGUGUUUUUGUUCUCACUUUGAUGCAAAUAUAAAUAUGUGAAUGAGUGACACCCUUGUGUGACUGCUGCUUUGCUCCAGUAGGUGGCAGCAGUCAGUCAUGUUUAAAUCACCCUGUUCUCAAUGUGGACACUUGCUGUGCCUCCAUUGGCUUGUUGUUGUCAUUUCCCCUCAGACCAUAAGAGCAGCAAUGACGUGUGGGAGGGACAAACUGCACCUGCACUGCUUUUUAUUGCACUACCUGAAAUUCAACAUGUCGAAGAAUCUGUUCCUGCUGCUGCUGCUGCUUAUUUAUAUUCCUACAUGCUGUCGAGGCAAACACUUGCUUCGCUUCCUGGUCUUCUGUCAGAGGGACGAGCCGGACGACGGUCAGUGGGAUAUCGAGUACGACGGCGAUCAGCUCCUCCACGUGGAUCCCCCUAACUUCACUGUAAUCCCGCGCCUCCCAGAGUUUUCCGAGCAGUGGACCCCUGAUCCUCACCUGCGAAGUGAUGCGUACUUGGACCUGGGCACCUGCAAGUACAAUCUUGGCAUUAUCGCGAAGCGGGAAGAUCACCCUCCAGAGGUCAUAGACAGUCCGACCUCCAUGAUCUAUACGAAGCAGCACAUUGAGCUCGGGGUUCCCAACGUGCUCAUCUGCUUCGUCGACAACUUCCACCCGCCUGAAGUCGAAAUCACGUGGACCAGGAAUGGAGAGCAUGUGGAUGAGGGCGUGGUCAGAAGGCGUCAAUACUACUCCAACAGCGACUUCGGCUUCCGUACCUCCGCUUACCUGAACUUCACUCCAGAGUCGUCUGACAUCUACUCCUGCAGCGUGGACCACAUCAGCCUGCAGGAGCCUCUCACCAAGUUCUGGGAGGUUGAAGUACAUCCAAACACCCAGAACAGAGAGACGGCGUUGUGCGUCUGUGGUGUGAUCCUGGGCCUGAUGGGAAUUGUCAUUGGACUCUGGUUCAUCAAGAAAGCCAACAAGUCCUGUCAGGGGUAACACGGCAUCAAAACAAACACCUGAAUCU